AUGCCGGCGAAGAAGGGCAAAGCAAAGGACUCCGUGGAGGACAACACGCCGCCGGGAAUUUUAAGGGCGUGCGUCGAGUACUGCGACUCCGCCAACACACCCGUGUGGCAUCGAAUGGGCCACCUCUCCUACGUGCACCCCAGGAGUGGGCUGCUGUACGUUGUGGGCGGCUGCGACGCGAAGGCGCUGCCGCAGGCGAUAAAGGCCUCGCCGUACGAGACGAAACUGGACUCAAUGCCCUUCGCGGAAUGGUGGGACGCAGGCACGCGCGUGUGGGGCGGCGGCGGCGGCGGCGGCGGCGGCAGCAGCGCGAGUUCGCGGCCGCAAACCCCGCAAGUAGUGGCGGUGCCGAGAUCGCCCAUCCUCGUACAGAAGCGGCAGAACGAUGCGGAGAAGGGGGAGGAGGGAGAGGAGCGCAGGAACUCCACGAGUGUGAUUGUGGGUGCGGCGGCCUGCGCGUCUGCCGUCCCGCUCUACCCCUUGCAGGUGCCGGACGGGUUCUCGUGGCCUACACUGGCGGCAACAGUGGUGCACUGGGAGCCGACACGAAAGGAGGAUCGUGUCGUCGCCGCAACAACCGGCCCAAUUGAUAGUAUACUAACGCCAAGUGAGGCCGUGAAGGCAGUUGGUGAAGCCGCGUCCGACGCGGACGGUACGGACGGAGCGGCGCUAUCUGACGCUCCCGAGGUACGCGAGCACCCUGUGAUUCUAUUUGUGGGUGGCUGGAAGGGAAACUGCCGCAGUAUUCACACUGUGGGCGUGGACAUGGAUAGGGGGACGCCCCUGCAGAUUCGUGGGGGAAUGCCCGCGGUUUCCCUGCCCUCGACGUGUUUGACUGGUAGCGCGGUGAACGAUUGCGUGUAUGUCUUCGGUGGCAACACCGGCGGUGCCACGGGCGCCUCGUCCAUCAUGCGAACGCUCGACCUCACCAGCCGCAAGUGGGGCGAGCGGACGGGGGAGGAGGCACCCAACAGCCUCCCGCUGCCCCGCUCCUCCCACGUUGCCGGAGUGCUACUGAACCGCUACAUCGUGAUUCACGGGGGACGGCGACUGGCUUCGGCCCCAGCAGGGACCCCCGCAAAGGGCAGGAAGUCUAUCCAAAAGGCGCCGCAGCCAAUCGAGAAAUUGGGUCUAGACUUUUGCAAUGAUGUCGCCGUGUACGAUCUGGAAAAGAAACGCUGGGCGGCAACAGCCCUACCUGUGGGUUCGCUGGGCCCACCGCCGAGGUACGGGCAUGCGGCCUGCGUGUUAAGUCCCACGGAGCUCCUUCUUCACGGCGGUAUUGGCGUGGAUGGGAGCGUCUUGUCCGACGCCUGGAUCCUGCGUCUGCUGGAAAGGAAUGAGGCCAAUGUAUAUAUUGCCUGGGUGAAGCUGGCGCCCCCGGAGGCGGACGCGGUACCGUUUCCAAGCCGCUGCCACCACUCCCUGGCGGCCGCCGGCAGGCGCGUUUUCAUCACCGGCGGGGUCUGCCAAAAGGAAAAGGUGGAGGAUAUCUGCAUUAUGGACGUUGAGCCGCUCAAACAAAUGGUCCCCCUGCGGGCGGAGGGGCGUAGGCGCACCGCGACUCCAAACGACGCCCGACGCACACCUGCGUAG